AUGUUCUCCAGCCUCGCCACGAAACUCGCCCUCAAGAAAGUAGGCCUCUCCCCCGACACCUUCAACUUCUCCUCCCCAGCAAACGACCCCCCACCAAAAGACCGCAAGAACAAAGACCCGAACAGCCCAGUCGACGACGAUGACGAAAACGCCUCCGCCUGGCCCGCGUGGAUGACCGUCAAGAACCUACCCCUCACCGUCCAGCCGUGGCUCUCCCCCCCGCCACCACCGAUCCCGCUCGCGGAACUGCCCAAGAUCGGCGAACAGGCCCCGAUGGAUAGGGAUCGGAAGGUCGCCAUUGGGGGAGGGAGGUGCGUCCUCAUUGUCUUCCUCCGAUGUGUGGGCUGCGCCUUCGCCCAAAAGACUUUCCUCGCCCUCCGCACCCUAGCAAACCGCUACCCCAACGACCUAACCUGCAUAGCAAUCUCCCACUCCUCCGCCCCCGCCACCCAAAAAUGGAUGGACCUCAUGGGCGGUGCCUGGAACGUUCAAGUCGUAAUCGACGAAGACCGUUCCGUCUACGCCGCCUGGGGUCUCGGCCUCGGCUCCGUCUGGUCCGUCCUCAACCCCAACACCCAGAUCCAGGCCUGGAAGGAAAAAGGUUGGCUCGGAAACCAGGUCGCCGUCGCCAUCCAGCGUAAGGGUACCGCGGGCCGCGGACUCGCCAGUUACCAGACGGGAGGCACAGGCGUCAUCGAUGCCGAGGGCCCCGUUACCGUCAUGGGGAAUAAGUGGCAAAACUCGGGCGCGUGGGCUGUUAAUGGGAGUGGAGUGAUUGUGUGGGGGAGGAAGGCGGCGACGGCGGAUGAUUUGAUUGAUUUGGAUGAGGGGUGUAAGGCCCUUGGGCUGUGA